AUGAGAUCCCUGCUGCAUCAGACCCUUGACAAGUUUCACUACCUCAUGGUCGACUGGGCGUGUACGUAUAAAGCAUCGCCCUCCCUCUUCAGCAUCAGUGUCAGCAUGUCUUCGGUUCAGAUCGUGACCCUUCUGUCCCUCUUCCUCACAGAGCUGUCAAGCACCCUUAAUGUGCAGGGUGUGAAGCAAGGGGACUCCUGUUUCUGUGACGUGAACUUAACGGCGUGGCAGUUCCCUGUGCGGCAGUACGAGGAUGUGGCCAACUUGGUUGACUCCUGUGAGGAGCUCCAGGGAAUGCUGCAGACACGGGUACAGCUGUUGGAGAAGAAGAUUCCCCAGAUUGAACGUACAGUAGGAAACAUGACAGACCGCUUGAGAGCUUUCCAGUACCUGAAAUCCCGGAGUCUGUACUAUGACCUGCAACUGCAUCAGAUGGACAAGGAGUUAGAGAGGUUGGAGGUGGAUGUCAGCACUGCUCACCAGACUGCCCAGGGCACACUUUCCCAAGAGCUCAGCUCUGUGCGUGAGAUGAUGAAGAAUGCAAAGGAUCACAAUAAAUUCAACUUGGAGACUGUCAGGGACAACCUACGCGUGCUGAAGAAUCGCCUAGAGACCUGCAGGACCAUCGAUGCCAAAUUCACAAGCAACUGUUCUCAGCGUCUGUUGAGCAACAUCUCAGAACCAGUGGUUACCAAGCUGAGCCCAUAUGGAAAGUCCUAUCCAUCUGGUUCUUGGGGUCGUGAAGCCAAGUCCAGCGCCAUGGAAAGAUAUUGGAUCCAGCCUUUGGUCAGUGGUAACCGACACGGCAAUGUGUUGCGCUUCUACCCUACUCACGAGGAUUUUAUGAGCUCCAGAGGUGAACAGGACAUUGCAGUUGCCCCCUCAUAUUCCCACACCAACGCCAUUCAGGGCCCAGGUACCCUGCUGUAUGAUGAAGCAGUUUUCUACCAGUGCUACAACACGGGUGAGCUGUGCAGAUAUGACCUGAGCACCAAGGCCACAAUCCGCAAGUCACUGCCUGAUGCCGGCUUUAACAACAGGUUCCCCUACUGCUACUACACCUGCCAUGAUUGGACUGACAUCGACUUUUCGGCUGAUGAGACAGGACUAUGGGUCAUCUAUGCUACAGAGGCUAGUCAUGGGAACAUCGUGCUGAGUCGGCUAGACAGUGACAACCUUAACAUCACGCACACAUGGACCACACGAUUAUUCAAGAAAUCUGUCACUAAUGCCUUUGUGGUGUGUGGGGUCUUGUACGCCACACGAUAUCUCAGCGCCUAUGAAGAGGAAGUCUUUUAUGCCUUUGACACAAACACUGGGAAGGAGAACAACAUGCUGGCUGUUAAGAUGGAAAAGGUGGCUCCUGGUAUGGCCAGCCUUCAUUACAGCCCUGUGGAUAAACAGCUUUAUAUGUAUAAUGAUUCCUACCUGCUGGCUUUCAAACUGUUCUUUUAGGCAUUUCUAAGCUUCAUCUUUGUUACAUGAAAAACUGAGCAUGCCCAGCUUCUGUUCUGUUUUUGCAUUUCAUUAUUAUGAAUAAAGAAGCAGCAAAUGUU